GGGGGGGGGGGGGGGGGGGUCGUUUCUACUUCUGGAAGACCAUGUGAAAUUCGCCUCAGCAAUCAAUCCCUUCCAUCCGUCGUCUUUUUCCACGAUUUGCCACGCGGAUCCCUUCUUCCUCCAGUAUCUGUUCAACCCACGAGAAUCCAUUUCUUAUUAUUAAACCAAAGGUACCUGUUCCUUUUUCAAAAAAGGAUAAUCGCCAUAAGCCCAACUCGACGAAAUAUGGACAGUGAUAAGUCAGCGUGACUCAUAUUCCUUCCUUCGAGAUUGAAGCUCUCUCUCUUUCUCUCUCUCUCGCUCUGACUGUAGACUUCUCCCACCCACCUCAAACGCAAGAACUCUCUCCCCCAUCGUCCCGACAGCACCUAGAACCACCCGUUCAAGUUCAAGAAAAAAAAAGUAUAACCUCAACUCCCCCCAGAAAAAGAUCCAGAAAAGAAAAAGAAUAGAAAACAAGGACCGACGACGCAAAUGCACACCGCGCCCAGUUUCAAGCAGGAUACCCACCACUCCACCCCCAAUAACACCCCUCCUCCUCCUCCUCCUCCUCAUCCUCCCGCAACGAUCCGCCUCCAUCUACAACUCGCCCGCUCGACCCCCCUCUUCGACCUCUCCGGCCGCCUCCCCUUCUCCAUCGUCUUCGGCCUCGCCCGCGACCGACGCCACGACUCCCAUCCCGAUGAAGACCUCGUCCUCGAUACGAGACGUUCCCUCCUGGAUGUCCCGUGGGCGUUGAGGGAGGGAUUGUUGGAUUGGGAUGUUUUGAGUACCGAUCCUGGAGGGGGGAUCAUGCGGGAGGUGGCGAGGGGGCUGAGGGAGCUUGAUGUUGACGGUGGUGAUGGUGGUGAUGGUGAUGGUGAGGAUGAUGGAAGUGGAGAGGGGAGAGGAAUGCAGAGGGAGAGAUUCAUCGUGCUGGAGAGUUUGGUCGGCAGGAAGGAGAAUUUCAUGCAGCUUCUGACCUUGUACGAGUAUGUCGUCAACCCCGCGAGUCCGCUCGGGAGGAUUUUCUCUUCGGCCGGCGAAGGGGUGAAAUUUGAGAUCUCGCUGCUGAGGCCGGAGUUGGGCAUCCGAUGGUAUCGGUUCGGGAAGAAGGGGGAUUUCAUCGGGGAGGAUGGGGAGUUUCUGCCUUGGGCUCUACGGGGCAGUGGUGACGAUGACACGGCGGGUGGUGGGUUGCCGCCGCUGUCUCAUCGCCAUGGGACGAGUGUUGGGAGAUGCACUUUCCAGACGGUCGCGUGUCUAUCCUGGCCUCCGAACCUCUCUACCCAUAUCAGCGUUGUCAAAGGUUCGGAGACUUCUCCUUCCAGCUAUCUACGAAUUUCGGUCUCUCAUUCCUCAUCUCAACCUCUGAUGCUACAGACCACUGGCGAACAACGCCAUCUGAAAAUUUCCAGCCGCUAUGGCCUCAACGGCGAUGAACAGUACUGGUCGCGCAUCCUGCAUGAAUUUCCCGGGAAUACUAAAAGGGCGCUGCAUCCGAUCAUUCGGAUCUUAGAUGCUUCCACUCGAGAGGUUGUCUACGGAGGCAUUCCCGGAUUUGUUUGUCGGUUGAGGGACAUGCGCAAACCCUUCGAUCCCAGGCCGAAGAGGGAUUGCAUGACCACGAUUCUGCCAGGGGAGACUUUGGAGAGGAAAGUAGAGAUCUCGGAGAUUCUGAAAGAUUUGCCAGAUGGAGAAUUUGAGGUUCAUCUGGAGCCGUUGGGAAUGUGGUGGUGUGAAGGGGAAUUCGUCGCCGCAGAUGAUGAAGAGGAUGGGCGUUUGCCGAAGAGAUUCUGGAGCGAGAAUGUUCCGCCGGCGGUGCUCGAGGCUGAUCCAUUGAAGUUUCGUGUCGUUGGUGGUGUUCUCGUGUGAUGAUUAUCUUCGUCAUUCCUCCAGUCUCAAACAUCGAUGAUUCUGCUCUCCCGUGGCUCACCAAGCCGCCGCCGCAAGAGACUCAUUCGAGUCUUCGUUGAUGCUUUCGAAAGCGCGCUUGAUUGUACAUCCGUAGUGAGUAAAGCUGUUCUCGAGAAUUCUUGGCCGUCUUGGUCGAGAGGCAGAGUCUUCAGAGGUCUCAGAGAAAGCGGCGACAAUAAUCAGAUCCAUCUUCUCUCCGGCCCGACUUGAUCGUUCAGCGGUCUGCUGAUCAUGAUUUGAACCUUUAAUCAUAUACUUGGAAACCGCAAACAAACGAAGCGUCG